AACACUUCUCGGUAAUUCUACUAUCUAGAAUAGGAAAAAAGUAAAGAGUAGAGGGUGCGACAUUUUCCCGCCAAUUGAAAGAAGGGCGCCAAAAGCAACCCAUCUUCCUUCUCUUCUUUACUCAUCUCCGGUCUCCUGACCUAACCCUAAAAACUAGAUCAAUUUUAAUUCUUUUACAAGCUUAAGGGAAAAAAAUAAAGAAAGAGAAGUUAUGAAAGGAGGGACAGUUCAAAUAAAUUGGCACGACACCAAGCCCGUCUUAACCCUAGACUUCCACCCCAUCUCCGGUCUUCUCGCCACCGGCGGCGCUGAUUUCGAUAUCAAGCUAUGGGUUAUUAAUUCAGGCCAAGUACAGAAGAAAAUCCCAACUGCUUCAUAUCAAAAUAGUCUUUCUUACCAUGGCUCCGCUGUUAAUGCCCUUCGCUUCUCUCUCUCCGGGGAACAACUUGCCUCUGGGGCUGAUGGGGGUGAGCUGAUCAUAUGGAAAUUGCACACUACAGAAACUGGUCAAAGUUGGAAAGUUUUCAAGAGUUUGUUAUUUCACCGUAAAGAUGUUCUAGAUUUGCAAUGGUCAACUGAUGGCGCAUUUCUCAUCUCUGGAUCUGUUGACAAUUCUUGUAUCAUAUGGGACGUUAACAAAGGUUCUGUCCAUCAGAUAUUAGAUGGUCAUUUCCAUUAUGUUCAAGGUGUUGCAUGGGAUCCCUUGUCCAAGUAUGUUGCUUCUCUCAGUUCAGAUAGGACUUGCCGGAUUUAUAUCAAUAAGCCCAAAUCAAAAACAAAGGGUGCUGAGAAGUUGAACUAUAUUUGUCAGCAUACCAUCAUGAAGGCAGAACAGCAGCCAAUAGAUGAUGCUAAGUCAGUAAAAAACCAUCUUUUUCAUGACGAAACACUGCCAUCAUUCUUCCGUCGAUUAGCUUGGUCGCCUGAUGGAUCAUUUUUACUAGUGCCUGCAGGUUCUUAUAAAAUGUCAACUCCAUCUGAAACAAUAAACACCACUUAUGUCUUUUCCAGAAAAGACCUGUCAAGACCUUCUUUGCAGCUCCCUUGUGCUAACAAACCAGUUGUUGCAGUCCGUUUCUGCCCUUUAGCUUUCAACCUUCGAGGAUCUAACCCAGCUGGUUUUUUCAAGCUUCCUUAUCGACUUGUAUUUGCUGUUGCAACUUUGAAUUCAUUGUAUAUUUACGAUACUGAGAGUGUUCCUCCAAUAGCAAUUUUGGCUGGUCUUCACUAUGCAGCCAUAACUGACAUUGCAUGGUCAUAUGAUGCACGAUAUUUAGCAUUGUCAUCUCAAGAUGGUUACUGUACAUUGGUAGAAUUUGAGAAGGAAGAACAGGGAGUACCCAUUCCUCUAGCAGAACCUAAAAUAAUGAACGUUGAGGGUACGAGCUCUAUUGUCCAGAAACCUGAUGACAUGGUCAUUGAAGUUAAUGAUCCAGUCACGGCAGAUAACAGGACGGUAGAAUGUGCAGAAAAGAGAGAAGGGAAACAGGCAUCGCCAAGUUUGGCAAAUACUCCCAUCGUAAAUAAGCCAGCCAAGAGGCGUAUCACUCCGAUGGCAAUUGAUCCAUGAUAUUGUCAUGUUAUGGUACACUUCUUUUAGCUGAUAUGCCAUGGUUUUUGUCUGCAUGGCGUUGAGUCCAUUUUAAAUUGGAUCAUGUAUCAUUUAUGGUAUACAAAAUUGAAUGCAAUCAAUGGUAGAUCGAGAAUUGCAAUUUGACUA